CUCGCCGUGCGCCCGGAGCUGCCCGCCCUGCUCCGGGGGGCCCCGCCGCGCCCCCUCCCCGCCCGCGGGGCUGCUUAUGCGAUUGCUGGCCGGGGCCGCGAGCGCGCUGCGGGCCACUCAAAAGAAAAGGAAAAAGAAGAAAAAAAGGGGGGUGGGGGGGAGCGCGGCGCAGCCACCCCCAGCGGCAAGAGGGGGGCGGGGGGGACAUGUCCGACGUGCGCAUUUCUAAUGGGAGCCCGACCCUGGAGCGGAUGGAGGGGCGGCAGGCGGAGCACCCCAAGCCGUCCGCCUGCAGGAACCUCUUCGGGCCGGUGGAUCACGAGGAGCUGAGCAGGGACUUGCAGAAGCACCAGCAGGAGCUGGAGGAGGCCUGCCAGAAGAAAUGGAACUUCGACUUCCAGCGCCACCGGCCCCUGCGAGUGCACAUCUGGCAGGAAAUGUAUUUUAAUACCAGGUUUUCCCCCCCUUUUUUGCCCCCUCCCCUAGAUUCCUCUCCUCAAAAUAAAAGAGCCAACACAACAGAAGAAGAGGUCUCAGAAGACUCCCACAGUGCCAGCACAGUGGAGCAAACGCCCAAGAAAUCCAGCCCAAGACGACAUCAAACGUAAACUGUGUAGAGUUCAUCUGCAUUUCCUCCUUCAUCGGGAUGCUCCAGUGGUGGAUGAAGCCAGGGAGAUGUAAAGGUCUAUUACAAAUUAAUAAAAAAAAAUACAUAUCGUUAAUUCUCCAUGGGAUGGAGAUCUUGUACAAGCACUGAAGAAAAAACAAAACAAAACACACAAAAUGACAAAAAAAAACAAAACAAUAACACUAAAAUGUUAGGCACUCUUAAAAGAUCUGCCUCUAAAAGCAUUGGAUGUAGCAUUGUGCAAUUAGGUAUUUCCUUAUUUGCUUCUUUGUACUACCUGUGUAUAUAGUUUUUACCUUAUGUAGCACAUAAACGGUUUUGGGGGGGGAGGGAGGGGAGGGAGUGGAAAAAGGUGAGUGACUGAAACUUGCUUUCACAAACUAGCAAGCAGAGAACUGUAUGAAGAGAAGCAGUGUAGGCUUUUUAUCACUUAAAGAUGUAUUGUUCCUUUAAAUGGGGUUCUACAAUGUUCAACCCCCCCCCCUUUAUUUUAAUGCACCAUAAUGGUAACACUGGUUUCAGCAGGCCAUUAUAGCUUGCUUGUGAAGUUUUUACUUAUUACAUUAAGCUGAAAAAAGAGGUGGGAGCUCUGAUGUUUCCGUUAUGUAGCAACAAAAUGUUUAUUAUUUUAUUAAUAUUAUUCUUCCUGGAACUCCUUAAAUCCCUUAAACCAGUAGAACUACUAUAAAAUUCUUUAAAUUUGUCCCAUCUGUAGCAUUGCUUGAAUGCUGCCAAAUGAAUCAGUAGAGUUCAUACUUCAAAACCAGAAUACUGUGUUUUUCUUUUUUUUCCUGAUCUUACCCAACUUCCUAAUAUUCAUGGUUGAAAAGGGAUACUACAUCUUUAAACAGUAUUUCUACAUUGCCUGUGUACCUGUAUGUAAAAAUAAAAAAAAAGUUUGAAGUGUACCUGUGUACAUAACUCUGUAAAGACACUGAGAAAUUAUACUAACUUAUUUAUGUUAAAAGAUUUUUUUUAAUCUAGAAGAGGAUAUUUUUCCCCAUAAAGCCAAAGUGGCAUGUUUUUGUGCAUUUGUAAAUGCUCUAUUUGGUAGAAUUUUUAGUUUUGGUUUAUUUUUUCCUUUUUCUGUUAAUUAAUAUGGCUGUGCUUAAAUGAUUGCAGACUGAGCCAACUUUAAUAUUUUUUGUAAUGCAUAAAAAAUAAAGUUGCAUAUGGAUACUGUUUCACAUCAAGCAAUCAAUAAAGAAAAGUGCCAUAUAUAAGA